AUGACUCAAUGCGCUGCUGCUGGUAAGAUUAAUGCUAGCGUUGGAGGAAGCAAAACAUACCACUACAAACCAAUUUCCACUGAUGAUCUUGCUCUUGCAGUCUAGACUGCAUUGACUAACUUCGGUGAUGUAAAGGGGCAAAAUUAUUUAGUCAACGGGGAGCAUGAGCAUACCUUAAACGAAAUUCUUCACUUAUUGGAAAGUGCAGUUGGAAAGGGUACUGGCUAAACUAGCCUUUCAAAGUCAUUCUUGAGAUUGAAUCUUUCAGACUUCGUCGAAGAAUUCUUUACAGGUAUUACUCACGAUAAGAACUUUAGAAACUUUGCAGAGUAUUUCGACACCCACAAACCAAACCUCUUAGAAGGCAGUACUGACUUCUUCCAAAAGCAUGGACUUAAGCACACUAAAGAUCUCUCAGAUUCCUAUAAAGGAGUUAAUAUUCAUGAGGAGGACUUGGUUUUCCCAAUAUUCAGCAACUAUAAAAUGACAUCUUUAGAUUGA